AUGACAGAAUCUAUUGCUACACCUGAUACAGGUGCAGUUGGAGAUCAAGAACGACCGAAAAGAAUAUUCAAAAUUAUUGUUAUUGGAGAUUCACAUGUUGGUAAAACAUGUUUAACAUAUAGAUUUUGUUCAGGAAAAUUUCCAGAAAAAACGGAAGCAACUAUUGGUGUGGAUUUUCGAGAAAAAACAUUAGAAAUCGAUAAUGAAAUAUUUAAACUUCAGAUUUGGGACACAGCUGGACAGGAACGAUUUCGUCGAUCAAUGAUUAAUCAUUAUUAUCGAAAUGUUCAUGCUAUUGUCUAUGUAUAUGAUGUGACUAAUUUAGCUUCAUUUGAAAAUCUUCCAGGAUGGAUUAAUGAAUGCGAUAAACAUGUUCUUGAUCAAAAUUUACCACGUGUUUUAGUGGGCAAUAAAUGUGAUGUAUCGCCUGAUGACAUCGUUGUUCCUAAUGCUGUAGCUCAACGAUUUGCUGAUGCACAUAAUAUACCAUUAUUUGAAACAUCAGCUAAAGCAGAUGAACAUCAAGAUCAUGUCAAUUCAAUAUUCAUGUUAAUUGCACAUAAACUUAAACAUUCAAAACCACUUAUGUCACAAUCAAAAAUCUAUGCACAUCGUGAUAUAUCAGUAACAUCAUCACCUACAACAUCGAACGAUGCUAGUUAUUGUUCAUGUUAA